GUGCCUGCUUUGGCUUUAUCAGGGACCCAGACCCGCUUCAGCCAGGAGCCAGCCGACCAGACUGUGGUGGCUGGACAGCGGGCCGUGCUCCCCUGCGUGCUGCUCAACUACUCUGGGAUUGUGCAAUGGACCAAGGAUGGGCUGGCCCUGGGCAUGGGCCAGGGCCUCAAAGCCUGGCCACGGUACCGGGUGGUGGGCUCUGCGGACGCCGGGCAGUACAACCUGGAGAUCACAGAUGCCGAGCUCUCUGACGACGCCUCUUACGAGUGCCAGGCCACGGAGGCCGCCCUGCGCUCCCGGCGGGCCAAACUCACUGUGCUCAUCCCCCCGGAGGACACCAGGAUUGAUGGGGGCCCCGUGAUUCUGCUACAGGCAGGCACCCCCCACAACCUCACAUGCCGAGCCUUCAAUGCCAAGCCUGCCGCCACCAUCAUCUGGUUCCGGGAUGGGACACAGCAGGAGGGGUGCCGUGGCCAGCACGGAAUUACUGAAGGAUGGAAAGAGGGAGACCACCAUUAGCCAGCUGCUCAUUAACCCCACAGACCUGGACAUCGGGCGUGUCUUCACCUGCCGCAGCAUGAACGAGGCCAUCCCUAGUGGCAAGGAGACUUCCGUCGAGCUUGAUGUGCAUCACCCUCCUACAGUGACCCUGUCCAUUGAGCCACAGACGGUGCAGGAGGGUGAGCGUGUAGUGUUUACAUGCCAGGCCACGGCCAACCCCGAGAUCCUGGGCUACAGGUGGGCCAAGGGGGGUUUCUUGAUUGAAGACGCCCAUGAGAGUCGCUAUGAGACGAAUGUCGAUUAUUCUUUCUUCACGGAGCCUGUGUCUUGUGAGGUUCACAACAAAGUGGGGAGCACCAAUGUCAGCACUUUAGUAAAUGUCCACUUUGCCCCCAGGAUCGUAGUAGACCCCAAACCCACGACUACAGACAUUGGCUCUGAUGUGACCCUCACCUGUGUCUGGGUUGGGAAUCCUCCCCUCACCCUCACCUGGACCAAAAAGGACUCAAACAUGGUCCUGAGUAACAGCAACCAGCUGCUGCUGAAGUCGGUGACUCAGGCAGAUGCCGGCACUUACACGUGCCGGGCCAUUGUGCCUCGGAUUGGAGUGGCUGAGCGGGAGGUGCCGCUUUACGUGAAUGGGCCCCCCAUUAUCUCCAGCGAGGCGGUGCAGUAUGCUGUUAGGGGGGACGGUGGCAAGGUGGAGUGCUUCAUCGGGAGCACACCACCCCCAGACCGCAUAGCAUGGGCAUGGAAGGAGAACUUCUUGGAGGUGGGGACCCUGGAACGCUAUACGGUGGAGAGGACCAACUCAGGCAGCGGGGUGCUGUCCACGCUCACCAUCAACAAUGUCAUGGAGGCCGAUUUUCAGACCCACUACAACUGCACUGCCUGGAACAGCUUCGGGCCAGGCACGGCCAUCAUCCAGCUGGAAGAGCGAGAGGUGUUACCUGUGGGCGUCAUCGCUGGGGCCACCAUCGGCGCGGGCAUCCUGCUCAUCUUCUUCUUCAUCGCCUUGGUAUUCUUCCUCUACCGGCGCCGCAAAGGCAGUCGCAAGGACGUUACCCUGAGGAAGCUUGACAUCAAGGUGGAGACAGUGAACCGAGAGCCACUCACGAUGCAUUCUGACCGGGAGGACGACACCACCAGCGUCUCCACAGCAACCCGGGUCAUGAAGGCCAUCUACUCGUCCUUUAAGGAUGACGUGGAUCUGAAGCAGGACCUGCGCUGUGACACCAUCGACACCCGGGAGGAGUAUGAGAUGAAGGACCCCACCAAUGGCUACUACAACGUGCGUGCCCAUGAAGACCGCCCGUCUUCCAGGGCAGUGCUCUAUGCUGACUACCGUGCCCCUGGCCCUGCCCGCUUCGAUGGCCGCCCCUCAUCCCGCCUGUCCCACUCCAGUGGCUAUGCCCAGCUCAACACCUACAGCCGGGCCCCUGCCUCCGACUAUGGCCCUGAGCCCACACCCCCUGGUCCUGCUGCCCCAGCUGGCACUGACACAACCAGCCAGCUGUCCUACGAGAACUAUGAGAAGUUCAACUCCCAUCCCUUCCCUGGGGCAGCUGGGUACCCCACCUACCGACUGGGCUACCCCCAGGCCCCACCCUCCGGCCUAGAGCGGACCCCAUAUGAGGCAUAUGACCCCAUUGGCAAGUACGCCACAGCUACUCGGUUCUCCUAUACCUCCCAGCACUCGGACUAUGGCCAGCGAUUCCAGCAGCGUAUGCAGACUCACGUGUAGGGGCCAGAGCCUGGCUGGGGCAUCUCUGCGGGGCAGAGGAGAAGGCUUUCACACUGUUCCCUGAUAUUCAGGGGCAUUGCUUGUUACUCCCUUCUCGGACCAGCCCUCCUCCUCCCACAAUGGCAGGUGGGGAGCAGGUCUCCCAGAAACACCCCAUCCUGAGGAUGGUGCUCUGUGCACGCCCCAGCCUCCUGGGCCUGCCAUUCCCUCUUCUUCGGGAGGAUGUGUCUCUUCUGACCUGUGCUCUUGCCUGACUCCAGCAUGGGGACAGGGAAAGUGAAGGUUGGGGAGAGUAGAGGGGGCACUUUUUAGCAUUCCCUUUUUAUCCUACCCCUCUGGUCUCCCAUAAGUGGAGAGGGGGGUAUGCGGGGGUGGGCAGGCUCAGGCCUAGGGAACAUGGAGUGUGGGAGUGGGUGGCUCUGGCACAAACUAGUGGAAAACAGGACAGCUUGUCCAGUCCCUCUGUUGCCUGCAUUCGUGCCCUGGGUGCAUCUUCUCUACUCAGGGUACUGCAGAAGGGACCUUGGGUUUAUUUUAGCUCUCGUCUACAGAACAGCCCUGGCACUGAGUUCAAAUCCAGCCCUCAUUCAGCUGGGAUCAAAAUGCCAGUCACCCUGGCGGCCAACUGUGGACUUCAGUCAGCAUGCAGAGGGACCCAGGAAUCCCCAAGAGUGCUGUCCCCUUUCCUUCUCCAUGCUGGCCCAGCCAGAUAAGUCAGAUGCAGUGGAGGAAGAUAGGUCAGCACCAUGUCCUGACUUGCCAGCAAGAGAUGGCUGCAUGCUGCAGAGCAGUUUCCACAACCAAUACUAGAGGGAGCCACCCGAGCCCCCUCACACCCAAUGUGCCCCACUUCCUGGCUUUGGCUCUUGAGCCUUCUUGGGGAGUGCUGGGGUGGGGGUGCUAUAGGCUAUUUUUCAAAGA